CAGGGAUACUGCGCUGGACUCUGCAUUAGGAGUGCCAAUCUUGCAGGCAAAAGAGAAGAGGGGAAAGGGCCGGAUUCUAACAGGACAUCCGGUCCACUUUUCGGCCCCUGUGUCGGCCCUAAUCCAGCACUAACCGAUUUCUUCACGAAUAAGAUCCGUUCAGACACGUUGGCCCACCCUCACUAGAAUGCCUCGUCGACUCAGACAAGCCUUGCGAACUCCGAAGAUGGCAGUGCUUAGCUCUGCACCCGGCCCAUUUAAAAUGAACUACCACCGAGCCUUGUGGAUCUUCUCCAAUCAUCCGCAACAGCCGUCGCACCAUGUUACUUCAUCCUAUUCCUUCACCUGCCGUCUUGGAGCCAGGCAAAGACCAGGUCCAGAGCUACAUUGCAGAAAUGAACCCCAAGAUCCUGCCGCCCCCCGCCCGCAAGGCCACCAACCCGCUCGAGCUUCUGCAGUGAGCUGCAACCACUUUUGUAGGCAGUACUUUCUACAAGAUCUCAGAAUCUGCUGCGGAGUCAGCAGAGCGGCUCGCUUAUCAGCAGCUGCUCGAUGCGCACUGGAUGCAAACCUCGGUGUCAAACCUCCUUAGCGGGACAUAGUGUUCCUGCUGCAUUUUGACCCCCACGAUGAGAACAUCCGUUGGUUCCGGGCCUGCACAGUCGCUUAUUGUGCCCAGGUUCGCGAUUUCAACCGGCCGUCGC